CUGUAAAUGAAGCAGAUCGAUAUAAGCUGGUGGGGAACCCAGACCAGGGAAAUGCCUCCAUCAGUGUGAGAGGUCUCAGAAUGAACGACACCAGCGACUAUUUUUGUCAUGUUUGGGUCAGGAGGUCCAAACGGAAGACGGUGACUCAGGAUGAGACGAGAUUGCAGGUCGUGGUCCCAGCUACCAUCCUGAAUCUGUCUCUUGUGACCGAUAAAGUAACUGGAGACAUUCUCGUGUGCAGGGCUGAAGGAGAGCCCCCAGCAAACAUCACAUGGAUCGGCCCUGGGAACAGUGCACUGCCUGUGAACAGCGGCGAGAUGAGAUUCACACGAGAUUCAGAGAAAGCUCAGACUGUGGGAGAGCUGCUUCACCCCAGAGCAAGUGGGAGCUACAGUUGUGUGGCUGUGAACGAACAUGGGAGAGACACCCGUGAGAUCCACCUUCCCGGAAUGAGCACGUUGGCCAUUCGAGCUGCCAUUUAUGUGGUCUACUUUCUUGUGAUUGCUUUCGUUUUCUGCUGCUUGAACAGAGGUGAACGUUACUGUCUAACCUCCAACGUUGUUGGUGUUGAUGGGAGUCUUAUGGCACCUCCAGUGACAUUGUCCUCCACUGCUGGUUCUGGUGAUGUGGGUCAGGUAAAGUAACCUCUGAGGGAAGUGAUGCAGCAUUGCCCAAGCUGUGACCUUUUUUAUGUGGAACAGUCCGUGUUUCAGUCCUACUCAGAGGCUUCUCCCUCAGCAGCUUUUCCAGGAAAUUUACAACUGAAUUGGUGGUGUUUCCUGUACACAGCAGAUCUCAAAAAUUUCAUUACUUUUGCUGCCAAUUUGCACCUUCAUACAGUACAUCU